AUGGCUGCAAAUAACUUACUGCCCCAAAAGGAGAAAAAACCUCCACUCACACACUUCUUGUGUCUGCCUCUUGUAUCGGAGACUUCACUGCCGCUACUAGAGAACUCACUCGCCAAAUUCAAACACAAUCUACUAUCUAGCCGCAAAUCUGGAGGUGAUCACCCCUCGGAAUGGCUUCCGCCGUUGUUCCCAGACUCCGCGAUUCGACCGCUGGGCACCGUGCACUUGACUCUGGGCGUCAUGAGACUCACAUCACCAGAUCGGAUACAUGAAGCUGUCAAGUUUCUCGAGUCACUAGAAAUUGACGAGAUAUUGCAGGAAGUGCAGUCCGAGCUCGCUCUGGACACGAAUGAGAGUACCACACUUGGUUACGGCAAACCUAUCUCCGUGUCUUUAGAGUCUUUGGGUACAUUACCAAAGCCAAAAGCGGCAACUGUUUUAUAUGCCAACCCAAUCGAUCCGACAUCUCGAUUGCAUCCAUUCGCAGUCAAGAUACGUCAAGCAUUCGUUGAUGCAGGUUUCAUCGAGCAAGACUUUAUCAAACAGAGGCCGAAGAAGCACAAAAUCAGAAAACAGAUAUCGAGCAGCCAGAACGCCGCUAAUACCAAUAACGGAGACAUUAACGGAACAAUUGUUGUUGCAGAAGCCGCAGAAGAAACCAUAAUACAGCAAAGGCCGAAACUGAGGCCGUUAUUAUUACACGCCACGCUUGUCAAUACGAUAUAUGCUCGCGGCGAGCGAAGCGCUCAUCACUCUUCUCAUCAUGGCAACAAAGCAAAAAAGGGACGCAGGCAUGUCGGGCCUUUGACGUUUGAUGCACGAGACCUGCUGGCGCGGUACCGCAAUUAUUACGUUGAUGGUACAUGCAUGGAGGAGAAAGAGCAUCUUCCUGCUGAUAUUAUAGAACAAAGUAGCCCAGAAGAUGAUGGCGAUGAUGGUGCAUCUCGGUCAUCAGAGGAGGAAGCUCAUCCUUCCAGGGGUGUGGAACAGAUACAGCAUACACAAGAGACAGAUAUGACUAGAUAUCCAUUUAUAUGGGCGAAUAAUGUUCCGAUUGACAGACUGUGCAUCUGUGAGAUGGGAGCCAAGACAUUGACUGAAGAGGACAAUCAUCUGGCCGCGAGGUUGGGACAGGAAUAUCGAGUUGUUGCAGAGAGGAAAUUGUUCCAAUAA